CAGCAGCUCCUGUUCUGCAGUCAGCAAAAAGAAGAAAUUCAAGCUUACUUCUAUCUGUGGUCCAAUACUUUAAGAAGCACGAUGAGUGAGGGCAAAACUUCUACACCUGAUACAGAGAUCCCUGUCACCAUUGCCAUGUCUUCAAGACUCCUCUUCAAGCAGGAACAGCAGGACCGUGGCCCUGCCUUCAAUUUUGUCAAGGCUCUGAAGGCAGUCAAUGCUGAACUUAGAAGCCAUUACCCCGAGAGUGAGGAGCUCUUUAAAGUCAUACUCAUUGAUGACAACCCAUCAUCAGGCAUUCUCAAGCAUAAGAUCCAUGAACAUGGGCUGAAAGAUCUCAUCACUGUUUUAUCUGUGACUGAAGAUCAACUUGUGAGUGAGCUAAAAACAAACAACACCCACCUGUACCUGUCUGAUAAACCAGGGUUGAAGGUUCAGGAAGCAGUGAAUGAAGGUAUAGCAGCUGCUACCAUGUCCACCCCAAAGACGGAUAUGCCAGUGUCUGAGGAUCAGCUGCAUGUUGUCUUUGAUGGCGACGCUGUCCUCUUCUCUAAUGAGUCAGAGCUCGUGUUCCAGAGUGAUGGACUACAAGGAUACUUGAAGAAUGAGAAGCAAAAGGUCAAAAUUCCAAUGAAUGAGGGACCAUUUAAAGGAUUCUUGGAGGUUUUAAUAAAACUGCAGAAAAAGUUGCAUAGCAAAGGCCUGUGCAAGAAGUGUCCCAUUCGUACCUACCUGGUGACAUCUCGAGGGGCAGGCUGUGACGGUUACAGAGCUUUAAACACUCUGCACACCUGGGGUCUGGAGCUUGAUGAAUCUGUACUUCUGGGAGGGGGUAAGAAAGGUCCCACACUGCAGAGGAUCAGGCCUCACAUCUUCUUUGAUGACCAGAAGAGUCAUAUUAAUGCUGCAUUAGAGGUCGGCUCAGUGGCAUGUCUGGUGCCCUCACCAAAAAACAAUAAAUAGCAAAUCCGUUUAUUGGAUUUUGUAACUGUUGGAAAUAUGUGAACUUGAAAAGUAUGUUUCCAUAAUGCUUCAUAGAUGCAAACAAAUAAACAAAUAAACACCUUCA